CGGCUGGAUUUUAGCCGAUGAGCGUUCGAAAGCCAUACGAAUCAUCCCGGCAGGCUGUCUAUUAGUCUCAGCAAGCUUAGACCACUCUCCCAUAUCGGAAACGUGGUGCAAGCUUAUUUUUGGAUGAUAAAAUAGCUAAAGUAUAUCCACUUAUACUUUUUUGAAUCUUAUAUUAUUAAGUUCACUCGUACAAAAAACAAUGAAUUUUAAUAUUUUGCCAGCUGUUUUCAUCCUUUCAGCACUUGUUGUAACCUUGCUUGGUCAUUGUACCGAAGCAAGCUGUGGGGGUUGCUGCGUCACUUGUGGUGUUGUUCCAGCACCAGCUUUGCCACCUGUGCCGGCUCCAGCACCAGUUCCUGUGCCCGCUCCAGUCACCUACACAGUGCAAGUGCCAGUCCCUGUACCGGCACCAGUCAGCUAUGUGCCAAGUUGCGGAUUUGGGGGAUGCGGUGGAUGUUAUGGCUGUGGCGGGUGUGGAGGCUAUGGCUAUGGUUGUGGCAAGAAAUGA